AGUUCAUCACAUCCAUUAACUUUUUCCGCCAAAUAAUGCACCACUUCACUUAGUCAUCAACUUCGUCUUUUCCUUAUCUCUGUACCAAUGAAUGGUCUAUUUAGGGAAGAUUCUCACUCACCAACACACAACCUCAACAAAAGCUCUAAUGGAUUUUGUUCUAAAUUACCUGAAUUCCACUACCAUUGGACUUCUUUCUCUAAUCCUCUUCUGCUUAUUUCUGUAUAAUCCCUUCAAAUUUUUUCAAGGUAAAGAGGCUCCCACAGUUGCAGGAGCAUGGCCAUUACUCGGUCACCUUCCACUGUUGAGUGGUUCAAAGACACCCCAUAGAAUGUUGGGUGCUUUGGCUGAAAAAUAUGGACCCAUCUUCACCAUCAAACUCGGUUCCAAAAACACUUUGGUAAUCAACAACUGGGAAAUAGCAAAGGAAUGUUUCACCACAAACGACAUGGUGGUUUCCUCUCGCCCCAAGCUUGUCGCCGUUGAACUCAUGGGCUACAACCAUGCCCUCUUUGGGUUUGCGCCCUACGGUCCCUAUUGGCGCGAGCUACGAAAGAUUACAACUUUAGAGAUCCUUUCCUCUCGUCGAGUGGAACAACUGCAGCAUGUUCGUGUCUCAGAAGUUCAGAACUCGAUCAAAGAGUUGUAUAAUGUUUGGUGUAGCCAAAAGGGUGAGUCUGGGUAUGCCUUGGUGGAGCUGAAGCAAUGGUUUUCUCACUUGGCUUUCAACAUGGUCCUUCGAAUGGUCGUUGGGAAGAGAUAUUUUGGCGGUGAAAACUUGGACGAUGAGAAGGCACAGCGAUGCGUGAAAGCUGUGGAGGAAUUCAUGCGUCUGUUGGGUGUGUUCACAGUGGGAGAUGCCAUUCCUUGGUUGAGAUGGUUUGAUUUUGGAGGCCAUGAGAAAGCAAUGAAAGAAACUUCGAAAGAUUUGGAUAUUGUUUUGGGUGAGUGGUUAGAGGAACAUAGAGAAAAGAAGGGUUUGGGUGAAGUUCAAGAUUUCAUGGACGUGAUGAUUUCCUUGUUUGAUGGAAGAACUGUUGAUGGGUUUGAUGCAGAUACCAUGAUCAAAUCCACUGUGCUGUCGUUGAUUUCAGGAGGAAGUGACACGAGUAAUACUGUUCUUACGUGGAUAAUAUCUUUGAUUUUGAGAAAUCCUUCUGUAUUGGAAAAAGCUAAAAUUGAACUAGACAUUCAAAUUGGAAAAGAGAAAUUGGUGAGUGAGUCGGAUAUAAGUAAGUUAACGUAUCUCCAAGCUAUAGUCAAAGAAACUUUGAGAUUGUAUCCUCCUGGUCCUCUUUCAGGACCUCGUGAGUUCACAGAAAAUUGUACUUUAAGUGGUUAUAACAUUAAAAAGGGAACUCGUCUAAUCACAAAUCUUUGGAAGAUUCACACAGACCAUAAUGUUUGGAAAGAUCCAUUGGAGUUCAAACCAGAAAGGUUUCUAACAACUCACAAAGAUGUUGACAUUAAAGGUCAACAUUUUGAGCUAUUACCAUUUGGAAGUGGUAGAAGAAUGUGUCCAGGAGUAUCCUUUGGCCUUCAAAUGGUGCAUUUUACUCUUGCUACUUUUUUGCAUUCUUUUGAAAUUCUAAGUUCAUCAUCUGAUCCUAUUGAUAUGACAGAAUCCUUUGGAUUAACCAACACCAAGGCUACUCCACUUAAGAUUCUUAUUAAACCACGUCUAUCUUUUAGUUGUUAUGAAAGCCAUUAAUCCUUGUGCUAGCUACGUGAUCACAUUGGAUUUUUGUUCAAAGUAAUUUUCCUUCUAGUUUGUUCAAAGUACUUGCUAUCGUUAUAGUUUCUCUAAUAAGUUGUUUCAAAAGGAUGUAUUCAUACUAUUUUUGUAUUUGUGUUCAAAGUCUUUGUAAUAUUUGUGGUUUAUUUAUGUAAUUUCAAUUCUUUCUCUCAUAAA